GCACUCGGCGGCUGCUCGCCAUGGACAGGACCCAGCGCUCCAAGUUCUGCCUCGUCCUCCUGCUGCUCGCGGUGCUGCCUGACUGUGCGCGGGGGACGCCCUGCGCCUGGGGGCGCGGAGAUUCUCACACUCUUCGCUAUAAUUUCAACAUUUCCUCUCAUAAACAACCAUGGUGCAUGGUCCAAGGACAGAUGGAUGGAGAGAAGUUUCCCUUAUAUGACUGUGGCAGCAAAGAGGUCAUAUCUAUGAAUCUCCUGAGGGAGGAGGGAAAGGCCAUGGAUUCCUGUAAAGAAGAGUUAGGUACCCUGAGUGACAUGGGAAAUGAAUUAAAACCAUUGCUGCCUGACAUUAAACAGGAGAAAGACACAGAUGGAGCUCCUCUCCCCCUGCAGGUCAGGAUGACGUGCCUGUGCAAAGCCGAUGGAAGCACCAGUGGAUCCUUGGAGUUUUCCUUGGGUGGAGAGAGGUUCCUUACCUUUGACUCUGAGACAGAAGAGUACAGAGCGGAUAAUUCCCUAGGUGAACGGCUGAAAAAGAAGUGGGAGAAUGAUAAGGAAUUGAAGAAAUUCUUCAAAAUGACCUUAAAGGGAGACUGCAAGGAAUUGCUUCAAUGCUCGGUGCACUGGAAGAAAGAGGUGGCGACAACAGCUGCAUCAACCACUGCCAUAGCCACAGUCCCAUCCAAGGCCGCAAUGAACAUGCCCAUCGCCUGGUGGAUCUGCCCUGUGAUCCUCACCUGGAUAACCAUAGUUGGCUUCCUAGGCUGCUGUUGCGACCAAGGUGGUCCUGGUGGUGUGGACUAGCUUAGCGCCUCUGCCUUUCGCUUGGCUUCCUCUGGAUGACCUGCUGUACUUUAAAAAAAAAAUCAUUUAUCUUUUUUAAUCUUUAUGAUUGCAAGUAUUGCAUAUGCUAUUCAUUUUAUUUUAGUUUUUAGCUUAUUUGCGUGGCAGGUUAAUAAAUUUAU